AUGGCCAUCGGCAUCGCCCUCAUCGGCAGCGGCAUCUUCGCCAAAGAAGAGCACCUCCCCGCGAUCCGCGCCGCAUCUUCCUCCCUCUCGCUAAACGCCAUCUACUCGCGCAGUCUCAGCUCUGCGAAGGCGCUAGCUGCCGAGGCGGGAGACGUAGAGCUGUACAGCGAAGAUCAGGAGGGGAAGGGAUACGAUGAGCUGCUAAAGAGAGACGACGUGCAGGGCGUUGUAAUCGCCCUCCCCAUCCUUGUCCAGCCUUCGUACAUAAAAAAAGCCCUCUCAGCAGGGAAACACGUCCUCGCCGAGAAGCCCAUCGCCAAAGACGUCGCCACCGCCUCCGAGCUGAUCACGUGGUACAAGAGCACCAUCUCGGGCCCCACCUUCAGCAUCGCAGAGAACUUCCGCUUCCUGGCGUCCUUCGACUACGCGGCGGCGCAAGUAUCGCAGCUCGGCCGCCUGCUUGGCUUCCGCAUGCGUGUGCAGAACUUCGUCAAGCCGGGCGGCAAGUACUUCGAGACGGCGUGGCGCAAGAAGCCUGAGUACCAGGGCGGGUUCCUGCUGGAUGGCGGCGUGCACUUCAUCGCUGGGACGCGGGUUGUGCUGGAGGGAGCGGGAGUGAAGCCCGUGGCGACUAGUGCUUUUUCGACGCAGCUGCAGGAGCAUCUUCCGCCGGUUGAUACGGUGGAUGCUACGGUGAAGCUUAGCAACGGGGCGAGCGGGACUAUGUCCAUGUCUUUUGGUACUACAUUCUCGGGAUCUGAGUAUGUGUUUGCUGCAGAGAAGGGAACUGUGACGGUGUCCAGGGGCAAAGUUACAGUGGUUAGGGAUGGGAAGGAGGAGUCGAAGGAGUUCCCUGAGGAGGGCAACGGCGUGAAGCAGGAGAUUGCAGCUUGGGGCAAGGCGUUGGGCGAGGGCAAGCCGGACCCAAGGCAGAGCGCGGAAGAGGCGCUGCGGGAUCUGCAGGUGCUCGAGGCUUUGCUACAAAGCGGGGAGAAGGGUGGAGCACCUGUAGAACUCAAGCUGUGA